AUGGAAUGGGAGCUCAGAAGGAUGGAGAGCGAACUGAGACAGAUCAACCCAGACCUGCUGCAGCCCAGCAAGAGCUUCAAAAAGCCCUCCUCCGGCACCAUCACCAUCAACGUGGGGGGCUACCUGUACGCUGCGCAGAGGCAAACCCUGAUCAGACACUCCGGGUCUCUGCUGGAGGAGAUAGUGAGCGGCAAACGACCCGUGCAGCACAUUGACAGCAUGGGAAACACCUUUAUCGACCGUGAUGGUCCCAUCUUCCGUCACGUGCUGAAUUUCCUGCGGCUUGGUGAGCUGCUGCUUCCAGAAGACUUUAAAGAAUCGGCUUUGCUGCGCCGCGAAGCUGAAUUCUACCGACUCGGCGACCUGGCCGAAGCCGUGCAAGAGUGGGAGCAGCAGAGGGCGGCCCAGAGAGAGCCUGCCUUCCUGGAGGUGACGGACAGCAACGAACGCUCCCAUGGCCUGAAGGUCUACUGCAGCGACACGAGCUUCAUCGAAAAGGUAAAGAGCAGGCUGGUUCAGAUCUCCAAGAGCCGCCUCGAUGGUUUCCCGGAGGAGUUUGAGGUAUCGUCUAACAUCAUCCAGUUCCGCCACUUCAUCAAAUCGGAGCAGGGCUCUCGGCUGGUUCUGAAGGAGGACAGCACAUUCUUGUGCACGCUGGAGUGCCUGAAGCUGGAGACGGUAAUGCUGGCUCUGAAAGGGGGCUACCGUCUACUCACCUGCCUGGACAGCAGCCGCGGCUCCGUGGUUCACUGCGAGGCUCUGCACUUUGUCAAGAACUGA